UCAAAAUUAGAAAAAUUAAGAAAGCAUUGGAAGUGUGACAAACGAAACGGCUCAAGUCGUAGAAGAAGAAGAAAUCAAUGGAGAGCGGCGGCGUAUUAGCAGGGCUUCACCGGAAUCCUACUUGCCACCACCUUCUCCGGCCACCACGAACCGCCGUUAAUAAUCUUCUCUCUUCUUCUUCUUCCACCGAUAAGCGCCAUUUUUCUCCUCUUCCUCUCAAGUUUCAGAAGCAGUCACAUAUUGCUUCUUAUAGUUGUAAUUGCUCCAUAAACGAUGGGAGUGCUUUUCAGGUGGCGAAUUCUGCUAGUGCAACAGCUGAAUUAGCCAACAUCGAUUGGGACAACAUUGGCUUUGCGGUUAUGCCUACUGAUUAUAUGUAUAGCAUGAAAUGUUCUCAAGAUGGAAACUUUUCUAAGGGUGAGCUACAACGUUUUGGGAAUAUUGAGUUGAGCCCAGCUUCUGGGAUAUUGAAUUAUGGACAGGGAUUGUUUGAAGGUUUAAAAGCCUAUAAAAGACAUGAUGGUAAUAUAUUGCUGUUUCGACCUGAAGAAAAUGCUCUGCGCAUGAAGAUGGGAGCAGAACGUAUAUGCAUGCCUUCACCAUCUGUUGAACAGUUUGUGGAAGCAGUAAAAGCCACUGUUUUAGCAAAUGAAAGAUGGAUUCCUCCACCAGGUAAAGGUUCAUUAUACAUAAGACCACUGCUUAUGGGGAGUGGAGCUAUUCUUGGUGUUGCUCCAGCUCCUGAGUACACAUUCCUGAUUUAUGUUUCACCUGUGGGAAACUAUUUUAAGGAAGGUAUGGCACCAAUAAAUUUGUUAAUUGAGACAGAAAUGCAUCGCGCAACUCCUGGCGGUACCGGAGGUGUCAAGACUGUAGGAAAUUAUGCUGCGGUUCUGAAGGCACAGAGUGCUGCUAAAGCAAAAGGCUACUCUGAUGUUCUGUACCUUGAUUCUGUCAACAAUAGAUACCUAGAGGAGGUUUCCUCUUGUAAUGUCUUCAUCGUGAAGGGUAAUCUGAUAGCAACUCCUGCAAUAAAAGGAACCAUUCUUCCUGGUAUCACACGAAAGAGCAUAAUUGACGUAGCUCUAAGCCAAGGGUUCCAGGUUGAAGAACGACAAGUGUCUGUGGACGAAUUGCUUGAUGCUGAUGAAGUGUUCUGCACAGGAACAGCAGUGGUUGUAUCUCCUGUUGGCAGCAUUACUCAUCUUGGGAAAAGGGUAUCCUAUGGAAGUGAUGGGGUUGGUCGUGUAUCAAAGCAAUUAUAUUCUACACUUACAAGCCUACAAAUGGGACUAGCAACGGAUAACAUGAAUUGGACUGUUGAGCUAAAAUGAGCUUUGCUAUCUUUUGAUUGAAGUUAUAUUCAGUGAUAGUAAAUAUUCAUGACACUACAAUUUUACUGCUUACAGCAGGUUAUUACUUUAUUUUCAAGGUUUAUUUAGGCCUCUUAUGGAGAGUUACCUAAUGUUGUAUGUCAAUUUUAGUUCAUGCUGUAUUUUCUUUUACAAUGUUAAUGCACAUAGCUUAAACACUCUCUUCUAGCUUAAGUUUGUCUGAAGUUCUCGCGUUGUCAUAUAGACUUUUAUAUGUCUGUUAACGAUC